AUGACCUUCACCAACCUCCAAUCAGUCUUUAGGUGCUUUAUCCUCCUUGCCCUGUCCGGCUGGCAGACAACCUCCGCCUCAUCCAAUACUUCGUUGCCACUACCUGUACACAACAUCACUCGUGUCGACGGCAUCAAGUUCGAGAACCUCGCCGUCCGCUCCAACGGUCAGAUCUUAACCACAACAUCGUAUCCCAAUGCCAGCAUAUACCAAGUCGACCCACUGGGUGUCUUGCCGACCACCCUGAUAUACGCAGCCCCAAACAUCAUCAGCGCCAACGGCAUCGUUGAGCUCGAGCACGAUAUCUUCUACGUGGCCGUCGGAUCCACCAAGCUCCUCCCCACCUUGCAGCUCAACGCAAGCUCAUACGCGAUCAUCGAGGUUGACGUCCGGAAUGUCUCGGUCUUUCCCAAUGGCUCGUUGACCUGCCCUCCCACCGUCAAGCAAAUCGCAAGCUUACCACAUGCCGCACAACAGAAUGGCAUUGCGCUUCCCCGGCCGCUCUCCGAUAAUUUACUGCUGGCAGACUCCCUGCGCAGCCUUACCUGGAAAGUGGAUAUCUGUAACGGUACCAUCGGCGUCGCUCUGAACGAUACAACAACCAAAGGAAGUGCUCCGACUGGAGCUGCAGCUACUGGUGUCAAUGGAUUGAAGGUGCAUGAUGGUAUGAUGUACUACACCAGCACAGGCGCCAACAAACUUUACAAAGUGCCCGUGGACGAGCUUGGGAUCGUAAGUCAGGUACCUACGCUGGUCACCACGAACCUCGCUUGCGACGAUCUGGUCAUCGAUCACGAGGGUACUGCGUACGUCGCUGGUCCACUGGAUGUGCUUUUGAAGGUCAGUCCCUCCAGCGAGCAGACGAUCAUCGUUGGCACAAUCAAUCCCAAUCAAAGUGCGCUUGUGGGACCUACUGCUGCGAGGUUUGGCCGUCUGGCAUCUGAUCGCUGGAGUUUGUACAUCACGACCAAUGGUGGAUUGCAAGAGACGAUCCCAGGUACGACAGGUGUAUCUAGGAUCGAUUUGGAAAGUCGCUAG